ACUUCGCGCUUCUGACGCACACAGCCUCCACGACAAUGCGAUCGUCGUCGCCACUCGUUUCGAUGGUAACGAUGCGGCUACGACCUGGAGGUUUGCGGGGCUGCCGCCCAACAGGGUGUAGCAGAGGCAUGAUCGCCGCCAGAAGCCGCUCGACGGCGGCAUCAACAACGCCAGCUCUGAGGAUGUUCUCGGACGGCAAAGAUGACGGGCCUGUCCUUCUCUUCGUGCACGGGUGGCCAGAUGACCACCAGAUGUGGGACAAGCAGGUAGCUCAUCUGAAAGAUCGUUACCGUUGCGUCACGACGGAUCUACCCGGAUUCGGCGCUGACAGCGAUGAGUACGACGCAGAUGUGGAGAAGAAUGGCUACUCGAUCGACGAGAUCGUGCGCCGGCUCGAGAGGACGAUAGAGAAGGCCGGGAACGGUGAACCGGUGACUCUCAUCGCACACGAUUGGGGUUGCACGUUCUCCUUCCUGGUGGAAAAGAACCGGCCGGAGCUCGUGAAACGCAUGGUAGCGAUCGAUGUCGGCGGUGCGGUAGAACCUGGCCUCGGAAGCCUCAUCAUCAUCAUGUCCUAUCACCUGUGGCUCAUCGCCGCCUUUCGGGUAGGAGGUCCGAUCGGCGACGUUAUGGCGAGGUCCUUUGCUCGACUCGUAGGUGCUCCCGCGGGCGCUCGCGUGGCAACGGCCAGGUCCUGCUACCCGUACUACCACUAUUGGAAGCGAAAGCUGGACAAAAGUCAGGGGCCCAUGGGGAAUCUCAUGCCGGGGGCGCCUCUCUUGUUUGCUUACGGAACUGCCGGGUACAAGAGGGUGAUGCCGUUCCACGCCGAUUGGUGGGCCAAGAAGGUCAACGACAAGGAAGGAUCAUUGUCCGUCGCCAUGACACGCUCCAAGCACUGGGUCACGGUGGAUCAACCCGACGACCUCAACCGCAAGCUGGACGCCUUCCUGGAGAAGAAAUGAAAGCGCUCGCUUCUGACGCCGCCUCCACGAAUCUAUCCCGCCUCCGGGUAAGUAAGGCAGGGGGAUGACAGACCGACGAAACUCAUUCGAACUGCUUUCAACUGGGUGUUCAGGAAUGUGGCUGUCGUCCGGAGGCUGUCAACCUUUGUUAGGAACUGUUCUGCGGGCCAAUAUGUCUUUUUUUGAAGUCACUGCCGGAGAGCGAGAAUCUCGGAAGAGGGAACGGAGGAAAUGUGUGUGUCAAGGCUCGACGUUUGGGGUUUUCGACGCAAGAUGCGAGAGACACCUCACUUUUUUUUGGAGAGAAGUGACGAACGGUUUUUUUAUU